AUGUUACUUGAGAACAUUAAAGUUGCCAUUCGAAUAAGACCUUUAAACGCCAGGGAUCUUGAGAUUUCAGAUAAGAGUACCCUCAAGGUUACAGAUCAAGAGACCUUAGUAGCAAUUCCUCCGGUAGAGGCAGAAGUUAAGUAGGUCAAAAAGACCUAUAAAUUCAACUGGGUUUUUGACUAAAUAGCCUCUCAAAAGGAUUUAUUUGAAAAGUCCCUAGAAUAUUAGGUGCUUUCCGUGUUGGAUGGAAUUAAUGUUACUCUUUUUAGUUACGGUGCUUCUGGAACAGGAAAAACACAUACACUUAUGAAAAUGAAUGACGAUUAUGGAUUAUUGAUACGAGCACUUAAUCAACUCUUUUAAACGAUUCACAACAGAAAAAGGAAGAUUCAGAUGAAAUUUUCAUAUAUAGAAAUCCAAUCGGAGUAACUCUAUGAUCUAUUAAACAAUAUGAAUGGAAACCUCGACAUUAAAGACGAUGUAGAGAAAGGAGUAGUAAUAAAUGGAAUGCGAGAAAUUGAUGUUACGAGUACUUAAGAGGUGAUCAACUUGAUAUAGUAUGGAAAACGACAAAAAUCAUCAAAGUAACAUGAAGUUCUAAUAUUUACUAACUACAUACAGGAUAUGGUUGGUUAAAACAAUGAAAUCUAGGUUUCUAAAUUUAUAGUCGCAGAUCUAGCUUGUCUUGAUAAAGGUGGACAAAAGUCUGCUUCAAUAUAGGUUCUUAAUGACUGUAUUUCAUUACUAAGUGAGGCUUAGACUAAAAAGAUUUAGCCUUUCAUUCCCUAUAGAAAUAGCAAAUUAACUAAAAUACUCAAAGAUUCUUUCGGUGGGAAUUCCAAAACUUUAAUUAUUGGAUGUGUCUCUCCUUCAGUGGCAAAUUAUGAGGAAACCAUCUAAACCCUAGAAUAUUGCUAGAUGGCUGUUGGGAUCUUCAAUUAGGGGACCAUCAAGACCAUACAAUAAAGUAACCAGCAUGAAGAUGUUAAAUCAAUUUACAAUUAAUUAGUAAAUGAGAAUGCAGAGCUAAAGAAGCAAUUAAAUAACAAGUCCAAUUAAAAACCAUAAAAUAAUGAAAAGGAAUAAACCAAAUUGUAUGAAGAGAAUAUAAUUGAACACUUUAAUAAUGAAUAAGAUAUCAAUUAAUCUAUUUUCAAGUACUAAUGGGAAAUAGAGUAGAUUAAAUUCAAUGUGAACGAAAACUAAGAAAAUCUAUAGCGUGUUGAUGGAAUAGACAGAAAUUCAGCAGAUUCUUUAAGGUUUUAAAUUGAAUAGGAUCUUAAAUAAAUACAUAAUUAUUAGGAAUAACUAGUUAAGUUUUAAAAAUAAGCAAGCAAUUUCUCCAUCCAAAGAAGAGCUUUAGAGGAAAAUGUCAAUUAAAGUAAUUUAUCUAAUUCUUAUAAAUUAUACUUAACAAAUCUGAUUGAAAAACAUAUUCUAAGAUUAGAAGUAUUUGAAAUUAAACUUAAAGAAUAAAUAAAUGAGUUGCAUAGGUCAUAACACGAGAGGAUUAUGGCUAUAUAAAGAAGUUAAAUUACUUUGAGAGAUAGAAUUAUUGCUGAUCAGAGGAAACAUUUAAUAUCACAUGGCAAAAACCGAUCAGUUUAACAUUAUUCUCAAAUUGACACCACAACUGAAGUCAUUGAGGGAACCAAGGCCAAACUCAAGCAUUAUCCAUUGCCAAAAGUUAAAGACCAUUAUUUUAAUAAACAAGCCUAUUUGUAAAGAAAGGAAUCCCCAAAAUCAAUCUUCAGCCCAAGGCUUCAAACACCUUUGCAACUGAAAGAGAAGAAACCGUAUAUCCCUAAAACACCUCACACAAAAAUACUUGAUAAUCUUUCCACACCUAUUAUACCUAAAUCAAAUCCUUUGGCAAAAGCACCUCCUUAAAAAUUGAUUGAUUCUUAAUCAAUGGUAGCCUUACCUUUAAUAACAACCAAUAGAAAUUUAUCUAAAUUUGUUUAUGACUGGAGAGGUGGUGGUUAUAAGUUUAUAGAGGACCAAAAAAAAAUACCUUCAUAAAGAGAACUUAAGAAGGUUAUUUCAUCAAAACAACACACUUAGUAAAGUCUUGACAAAUCAUUUUUCACUACUUCAAGUCGAAGCACUUCUGCAAAAAGAGUAUCCUUUAAGCAAAGUCUUUUGCUACCUGGAAAAGUGCACGAGUCCCCUUAUGUUAAAGGAUUUAUUAAUAAAGAAAUUCAAAGAAAGAUGAAAUUAAAAUAAUUGAAUUAAAAAAUGAUGAAAGCUACUAAAAAUAAAUGA